GGCACAUCAGGAUUCACCUAACAUACUGGCAGCUGGCUUUGAUUCUGCAGCCUAAAGAACAGAGAAGAUGGCCUUCAUUGCAACUCUAGGGCUCUUGAUGGCUGGGGUUUGCCCUGCUGUCAUCUGCUGCUCAGAUGGCACACCAGGAAGGCACAAUGCGUUCCAGAAAGGCCAAGGCACUCGAAAACAACAGGACAGUUUAACAUUGGCCUCCAUCAACACUGACUUUGUCUUCAGCCUCUACAAGAAGCUGGCUUUGAAGAAUCCAGAUAAAAAUAUUGUCUUCUCUCCAGUUGACAUUGCAAGGGCUCUGUCCUCCUUGUCUCUGGGAGCAAAGGGCAAGACCCUGGAAGAGAUUCUAGAAGGUCUUAAGUUCAAUCUGACAGAGACCCCUGAGGCAGACAUCCACCAGGGCUUUGGGCACCUCCUACAGAGGCUCAGCCAGCCAGGAGACCAGGUACAGAUCAGGACAGGCAGUGCCCUGUUUGUUGAAAAGCACCUGCAGAUCCUGACAGAGUUCAAGGAGAAGGCAAGAGCUCUGUACCACACUGAGGUCUUCACAGCCAACUUCCAGCAGCCUCGUGAAGCUAAGAAGCUCAUCAAUAGCUACGUGAGCAAUCAGACCCAGGGGAUGAUCAAGGGAAUGGUUUCAGACCUGGAUGGGAAUACGUCUAUGGUGAUAGUGAAUAAUCUGAUUUUUAAAGUGAAAUGGAAGGUGCCCUUUAAUCCUGAUGACACAUUCAUGGGAAAAUUCAUAGUGGACCGGAGGAGGCGUGUGAAAGUGCCGAUGAUGAAAGCUAAGAACCUGAGGACAUCCUACUUCCGGGAUGAGGAGCUGAAAUGCACUGUGGUGGAGCUGAACUACAAGGGCAAUGGCAAGGCCAUGUUCAUCCUCCCUGAUCAGGGCAGGAUGCAGCAGGUGGAAGCCAGCUUACAACCAGAGAUCCUGAGGAAAUGGAAGAAAUCUCUGAGACCUAGGAUGAUAGAUGAGCUCCACUUACCCAAGUUCUCCUUAUUCCAACACUACAACCUAGAAGACAUCCUUCCAGAGCUCGGUAUCAGGGAACUCUUCUCCACACAGGCUGACCUGUCUGGGAUCACUGGAGUGAAGAACAUAACAGUCUCUCAGAUAGUCCACACUGCUAUCCUGAAUAUGACUGAGCCAGGCACAGAAGCAGAUGCCGACACGAUGUUCAAAUACGACUUCCUGUCUGCAAAAAUUAAACCUACGAUUGUUAGUUUUGAGGGGAAAUUCCUGUACAUUCUUAUAGUACCAAGUUCCGAGUUUAUCGUUUUUAUGGGCAAGGUUAUCAACCCUUUAGAAAACUAGAACUUCCCAAGUGGUGGGGUUUUUUUCCAAGUUAACAGAUUGAGUCUCUAUGAGCUUUUUGGCUUCCAUUCUCUGAUAGACAGAGGCUUGCUUGUAUUUAAACAGUGACCUUGACUAAAUUUACUAGCCACACAUCACAUGAGCCUGUGGAUGUUCUAAGUCAGGCUCCCAGUCCUCUUGGCAACAUGAGCUCAUCUUCCUGAGCCUUAACUCUGCCUUUCUUCUGCUCUCUUGUUUAGUCCCCUUUACCUCUACCAAAAGCCUGGGCCCAGCAAGUUGGCCUGAUCCUCAGAUACGCUCUGAUCAUGUCUGCUUUCCACUUCUGCAGCCUUGGCAGAACUAUGCAAGCUUACAGGCCAACCCAUAUGGACAACAGGACAAGGACAUUCUGCCCUGUCUAUUUGUAGCAUCUGAAACACUUGGUGCCCAGUUUCUGCCUCACCCUUUCCCUACUAUAGUCUGUACCACCCACUGACCCUUGCAGGGUCUCCUGACUCUGUCCACACAGUUGGAGUCCUCCCUCCAACAGCUGCCUGGGGCCUGUUGCUCACACCAGCUCCUCUCCUCCUGACACUCCUACUCAGAGCAGAGAAGUAGGCUUUCUCUCAGUGUCCAGCUGACCAACCUCACAGGACA